UCACCUGCGGGUUGGUAACCUACGAGCGGCUGUGAAGGAAACUGUUUAACCGGAUCCCAUUGUACCCGGAGCGCAGAGCCGCCUUUCCAGCAUGCAGGGGCUGCUCAGAGUUUAGUCACUCAAGAAAUAGACCAGAAUUCAGCCAUGGCCCCAAGAAAGAGAGGUGGACGGGGGAUUUCAUUCAUCUUUUGCUGUUUCCGAAAUAAUGAUCACCCAGAAAUUACGUAUCGGCUGCGGAAUGAUAGCAACUUUGCCCUUCAGACCAUGGAGCCAUCGUUACCCAUGCCCCCUGGGGAGGAGCUGGACGUCAUGUUUAGUGAACUUGUGGAUGAGCUCGACCUCACAGACAAGCACCGGGAAGCUAUGUUUGCACUUCCAGCUGAGAAAAAAUGGCAGAUAUACUGUAGCAAGAAAAAGGAGCAGGAAGAAAACAAGGGAGCAACAAGUUGGCCUGAAUUCUACAUCGAUCAGCUCAAUUCCAUGGCUGCUAGAAAAUCUCUGCUGGCUUUAGAGAAGGAAGAAGAAGAGGAGAGAAGUAAAACUAUAGAGAGUUUGAAGACAGCACUAAGGACAAAACCAAUGAGGUUUGUAACCAGAUUCAUCGACUUGGAUGGCCUGUCAUGUAUUCUCAACUUUCUAAAGACCAUGGACUACGAGACCUCGGAGUCUCGAAUACAUACCUCGCUCAUCGGAUGUAUAAAAGCGCUAAUGAACAACUCUCAAGGCCGGGCUCACGUCCUGGCUCAUUCUGAGAGUAUAAAUGUAAUUGCUCAGAGUCUGAGCACAGAGAAUAUUAAAACAAAGGUGGCUGUGCUGGAAAUCUUGGGCGCCGUGUGCCUGGUUCCCGGGGGCCAUAAGAAGGUUCUGCAGGCCAUGCUGCACUAUCAGAAGUACGCCAGCGAGAGAACCCGCUUUCAGACGUUAAUUAAUGACUUGGAUAAAAGCACGGGGCGGUAUCGCGAUGAAGUGAGUCUCAAGACGGCCAUCAUGUCUUUCAUCAACGCCGUGCUGAGCCAAGGGGCAGGCGUGGAAAGUUUGGACUUUAGACUUCAUCUGCGCUAUGAAUUUCUGAUGUUAGGAAUUCAACCUGUAAUAGAUAAAUUAAGGGAACAUGAAAAUUCAACCUUAGAUAGGCAUUUAGAUUUUUUUGAAAUGCUCCGAAAUGAAGAUGAGCUAGAAUUUGCCAAAAGAUUUGAACUGGUUCACAUAGACACAAAAAGUGCGACUCAGAUGUUCGAGCUGACCAGGAAGAGGCUGACCCACAGCGAAGCUUACCCUCACUUUAUGUCCAUCCUACACCACUGCCUUCAGAUGCCUUACAAGAGAAGCGGCAACACUGUUCAGUACUGGCUCCUACUCGACAGAAUUAUUCAGCAAAUAGUUAUCCAGAAUGACAAAGGACAGGACCCUGACUCCACACCUUUGGAAAACUUUAAUAUUAAGAAUGUUGUGCGAAUGUUGGUUAAUGAAAAUGAAGUUAAACAGUGGAAAGAACAAGCAGAAAAAAUGAGAAAAGAGCACAAUGAGCUACAACAGAAACUGGAAAAGAAAGAGAGAGAAUGUGACGCCAAGACCCAAGAGAAGGAGGAGAUGAUGCAGACCUUAAAUAAAAUGAAAGAGAAGCUGGAAAAGGAGACCACUGAGCACAAGCAAGUUAAGCAGCAAGUGGCAGACCUCACUGCGCAGCUGCACGAGCUCAGCAGGAGGGCUGUCUGUGCUUCCAUCCCAGGUGGACCCUCACCGGGAGCCCCAGGGGGGCCCUUUCCUUCCUCUUCACCAGGAUCUCACCCUCCCCCACCACCCCCACCUCUGCCAGGUGGAAUGCUUCCUCCUCCACCCCCUCCUCUCCCUCCCGGUGGUCCUCCUCCUCCCCCAGGGCCUCCUCCCUUGGGGGGAACCAUGCCACCUCCUGGUGCUCCUCUGGGCCUGGCACUCAAGAAGAAAAACAUUCCUCAGCCCACCAAUGCCCUGAAAUCCUUCAACUGGUCCAAGCUGCCCGAGAACAAACUGGAAGGAACAGUAUGGACCGAAAUUGAUGAUACGAAGGUCUUCAAAAUUCUAGAUCUUGAAGACCUGGAACGAACUUUCUCUGCUUACCAAAGACAGCAGGAUUUCUUUGUGCACAGCAACUCCAAGCAGAAAGAAGCAGACGCCAUCGAUGACACACUGAGUUCCAAACUUAAAGUCAAAGAGCUUUCGGUGAUUGAUGGUCGGAGAGCUCAGAAUUGCAACAUCCUUCUAUCAAGACAGUUACCACGUAGAUUGAACGAGACCAGGAAGGAGAGGCUGCGAUCCGUGCCUGGUGUCUUGCUCUUGAAAUUUGUUCCUGAGAAAGGUGACAUUGACCUGUUGGAAGAACAUAAACAUGAACUGGAUCGGAUGGCCAAGGCUGAUAGAUUCCUUUUUGAGAUGAGCCGAAUUAAUCAUUAUCAGCAAAGACUGCAGUCACUGUACUUCAAAAAGAAGUUUGCAGAGCGCGUGGCAGAAGUUAAACCUAAAGUAGAAGCAAUUCGUUCUGGCUCAGAGGAGGUGUUUAGGAGCGGUGCCCUGAAGCAGCUACUAGAAGUGGUUUUGGCAUUUGGAAAUUACAUGAAUAAAGGCCAGAGAGGCAAUGCUUAUGGAUUCAAGAUAUCCAGCCUAAACAAGAUUGCCGACACAAAAUCCAGCAUUGACAAGAACAUUACACUUUUACACUAUCUUAUAACUAUUGUGGAAAAUAAAUACCCCAGGGUUCUCAAUCUAAAUGAAGAACUGCGGGACAUUCCUCAAGCAGCAAAAGUAAACAUGACUGAGCUGGACAAAGAAAUAAACACCUUGAGAAGUGGCCUGAAAGCAGUAGAGAUGGAGCUGGAAUACCAGAAGUCUCAGCCCCCGCAGCCUGGAGAUAAGUUUGUGUCCGUUGUCAGCCAGUUCAUCACAGUUGCCAGCUUCAGCUUCUCAGAUGUUGAAGACCUUCUAGCAGAAGCUAAAGACCUGUUCACCAAAGCAGUGAAACACUUUGGGGAAGAGGCUGGCAAAAUACAGCCAGAUGAGUUCUUCGGCAUUUUUGAUCAGUUUCUUCAAGCUGUGUCAGAAGCCAAACAAGAGAAUGAAAACAUGAGAAAGAAGAAGGAAGAGGAGGAACGCCGAGCUCGCAUGGAAGCCCAGCUCAAAGAACAACGGGAAAGGGAGCGUAAAAUGAGGAAAGCAAAAGAGAAUAGCGAGGAAAGCGGAGAGUUCGAUGACCUGGUUUCAGCUUUACGCUCAGGAGAAGUAUUUGACAAAGACCUUUCUAAACUGAAACGGAAUCGCAAACGUAUCACCAACCAGAUGACGGACAGCAGCCGCGAGAGACCAGUCACAAAACUUAAUUUCUAAUUUUCCUUGAAUACUUUUUUAGAAAGCUCAUUAGCAGUCCUUUGAAGUGACUAGAACUUUUCAUUACACUGCCUUGCAACCCGAACAGUGGCAAUUUCUUCUUUCAUCUGUGAGUGAAUGGUGAAUGUGUGUGUAUGUAAAUGUAUGUGUAUAUGUAUAUUAAAAAGUGUAUAUAGAAGUCUGAGUGUUGUCUGGAGACCUAUCUGUAUGGUUAAAAGAAAACCUAUGUUAAUGUAUGUGCUCGGAAACCGUUUGUGUAUGCAUUCAUAUUGAGUGUGGCUCAUUUUCUUCCCCUGAACACCGUGACUGUUCAGAAGCACAAUACUAUCUCCUGAAAGAGAUAACAGAGACAUUCCCUAGAGUAAAAACAAAAACAAAAGACGAAGAAAACAAGCUUGAGAAAUAUUUUAGGGUUUCCAAGCUUGGUAUACUUUGAAAUUAUUUUCAUUGGUGAAACUGGUGUUGGAAAAAUAUAGAUUUAAAGUGGUUUUUGAUAGUUGACAAUGUGAUGCCGGUGCAUUGCAUCAGUAGCUGAUAGGACCAGCUUCGAAUUUCUGACAUUGGUGCGGGGAUACUGUCUGUAAAUGUUUAUUGAGGACAUCUUGCACACAAUCUGAAUUAUGUAGAAUGUCAUUCAGAAUUUUUUUAUGUAUUUAAAACUUGAACAUCAGUCCCCCCCACCACCCCCCCAACUUCAUCGAGUUCUCUGCCAAGUGCUCUUGAUGAUUUCUUUACAUUGCUUUUGGAAGGCACAUGAUUCAUCCAAAUGCAAUCGGUGGUCUUGUUAAAGAACAGGAUGCCAGAAUGUGCAUGUUGUUCUAAGAAUAUAGAUAUAUAAGCUUUAAAAAUAAAAUUCCCCACCCAACACCUAAAAGGAGGAAUUCUCUGAAGGGAUAAAAAUUAUUUUAAAAAACUUUAUGGGUUGCCUUUUUUUUUUUUUUUUUUUUUUUUUUUUUUUUUUUUUNUUUGUAUUUUCUGUUUUGUAGGACAAGCUGCGUCUUCUGUAAAUAUAGGUCUGGAGUAGAGGACACUUAGUAAAUGCACAAAAUGUCAACAACACCAACAGAGAUGCCAAGAUCUAUUUAUCUCCAAGUAUGGUUGAAGUGGUUUCCUGUUUAUAUGUUGUCAUUUUAAAUUGUGUGUCAGUAAAGCUACCUGUAAAAUUUCAGUCCAAAAGAUAAAGCUCUCAGGGAGAAAUGAAUAAAAACAAUGGACAUUAGAAAAUAAAAUAUAGAUGCUUACCAUUAACCUACCAACUCUUAAUAUCCUUAAAUUAUAUGAUAUAUAAAGAGGACUGUUACUUUGUUUUUUCUUUUGCUUUGCUUUAUUUAUUUGUAGUGGGGGAGGGGAGCUAAGGCUCUCUUUUUUUCUUUCCAUUGAUCUGUUGUGAUUUGGGUUUCCUGUGGAGAGAGUAGUUUGUCCUGUUGCACUAGAACAUUAUUUACUCACUAAAUUGAGUUUUUCAGUCAAGUAACAAAUAUUUAUUAUACCCACUGUGUGCCAGGCAUAGUAGGGCUACAAUGGUAAGCAAGACAGAACCCCUGCCCCCAAGGAGCUCACGUUCUAAUGGGGAUAUUGAGGGGUGAACAGAAUACCAAUGUGCGCUGUACAGGAAUCGUGCUAUUUAAAGAUAAUUUGUAUAAACUAUAAUGCUUAGCACAGACGACGCGGUCUCUGCGCUAUGUGAAAGCUGUGAAAUAGUGCUCUAAGAGUUGUCAAGAGCUGUGGUUUUUACAUUUUUCCCCUCAUUGCAACAUUUAGUGACUUUCUACACAUUAUGGAAGUAAACGAGUCUAGCAAGUGAAACAGUCAUAAAUACACAGCAGAGGAUGCGCUCCCCCCACCCAGUUACCCAGGUCUGCAAAUACACCGUAUUAAAGGUGCCAGCAGAGACGUUGCUCAGAAAAGGCUUAGAGAUGCGGAGGAGUGGGAUAUGCCGAUGGAUUUGUCCAUUCCUUAACUAAAGUGCCUCUAUGUACAUUCUUUUCUAUUUAUAGCAGGAGAAAUUUGGUCUGGCUCAGUCGGGGAACUGGAUUUUGAAAAUGGCUUUGUUUUACAGUUUAAGGAAUGGACAAGUGGAUGGAGAGUCACGUAAAGCAGCACAUUUGUGUGUCAUGUCCCUCCUGCCCCUUUGGCAUCAUCCUCAUUUUGAUAAGGCCAUCCUGGUAGGCCCUCUUUGCCAUUUCCAUUUUUCAUUUCUUUCCCCAAAAGCUGUGUGCAGGUAAUUCCAUGUGCCAUUGUUUAAAAAAAAAAAAUCUACUUUUUAGAUUGGUGCUGGUGUAAGUAGCCACUUUUCUCUCUUGGGUGUGUAUUUUCAAGUUUUUUGUUUGUUUUUUUAAAUUAAUGCCAAAAAGAAGAAGCAUUAUAAUUUGUAAACUUAAUUAUAUGUCUUGUAUCUUAUUAGCUUAGUAGUUGGAACCACUUAGUCUUUAGGUGCAAGACUGUUGUUACAGUACCAUGAAAAAAAUGUUGUAUGUGUUAUGAGAUUGUACAUUUUUUUUAAAUAGCAAUAUGCAAUAAAGAGAUGAAUUCAUUGGGUGUA